AUGGUGAUGACAUCAGCUUUCCUCGCUGCAGCUCUGAUUGCUGCUUGCAACCUCCCCGACUCCGUGUCCGGCCACAAGGAUCCCACGCGCCGCGCCCUCUCCAUCGACCAACGCAAGCUCUUCGCUCUCAACGCCAAGCGUGGUCUUGAGGAAUGCGGCAGCUCCACGAACUGUUCGACUCGGAGGGUGAAGGCGAUUCUUGAGCCUGAGGUCACCUACGGACCCUACUACGUGCUCGGUGAACGCAUUCGCACUGACAUGACGGAGGAUCAGGAUGGCGUCCCGAUGAUCAUCGACGUCCAAGUGAUCGACGUGAGCAACUGUGAGCCCGUGUCGGACAUGUACGUCAACUUCUGGCACGCGAAUGCGACUGGUGUGUACUCUGGAGUGGUGGCCGAGGGCAACGGUGACAACAGUGAUACGUCCAACCUCAACGCCACCUUGUUGCGUGGCGUGGCCAAAACGGACGAGGACGGAGUCGCUCAGAUGACGUCCAUCUUCCCGGGCCACUACGAAGGACGCGCCACGCACCUGCACUUCAUCGGUAAAUACGGCGGUACCGAGCAGGGAAACGCCACGUACUCCGGCGGCUCUGUCGCUCACGUCGGCCAGUUCUUCUUCGACCAAACUCUCAUUUCUGCGGUGGAUAAAAUCCCUCCGUAUUCGACGAACACCCAAAGCGUCACACAAAACGCCGUCGACAAAUGGCUCAUUGCGGCUGCAGAAGAAGACUACGACCCCAUCAUGAACUACGCUCUCCUGGGUGCCACUGAGGCCGACGGCUUAUUCGUGUGGAUCUCGCUGGCCGUGAACAUGUCGGCUGCCCAGGAAGUCCAGGAGGCCGCUAUCCUCACAGCUAACGGAGGUGUCAUCUCCUCCAACUCCGUUCUUGGUGGAGGUGGUGGCAGUGGUUUUGGUGGAUCAAAGCCGGAUGGCAGCUUCCCUGAUGCCCCGGACACUUCCUCCAGCACUUCGAGCAGCGGCACCAGCAGCACGACGACCACGGCGUCAAGCGCCUCCGCCGUCUCGGUAUCUCUGGCCGUUGCCAUGCUGAUGCUGUCUGCUUUUGCGCCUCUGGUUCUGGGAAUGCUUUAA